UUUUUUUUUUAAAAAAAAAUGCUUUUGUUAUUCAUACCUCAUAUUCUAUUAAUUUAUUUUAUAAAAUUUGCACAUGCAGCACUAUAUUAUUCUUCAAUUCAAGAAAGCACUGUUGGCUUGGGUAUUCUAAGCGAGAAUCAACCAUUCCCUGAUAAUACGAAUGUUCUACGCUUAGCUCGGGUAGACCCUAAUAACAUUAACUGUAAUGAACCGGCGAUUUUGUUUCGAUCUUUUAUAGCAGGGCAAACUACGAUAUCGGUGUUGGAUCUGGCGGAAAUUGUACAUAUUCGACGAUAAUUAUAUACUUCAUGAACGUCGCCGUAUACACAAGAGAUCCCCUCCACAUGACCAUCAUGACCAUCAUGACCAUGACCAUCACAAACAUAGCCAUGGCCAUCACAAACAUGGUCAUGGUCAUCAUUCCGAUGAUCACCAUCCUCCCCAUCAUACUUCUCAUCAUCCUCCUCAUCCUUCUCCUAAGGGUGCUCCAGCAAGUCCAUCAGCAGGUCCACCAGAUUCAAAGAAUCCAACACCAUCAAGUGGUAAGGAUCCAACACCAGAGCCAGCACCAGCACCAGCACCAGCACCUACUCCCAAAGCUGUUAACGAUAAAAUAAAGAUUCUCACAUUCUACAAUGAAUUUGUUCUUAUAUAUUAUCCAUGUGGAGUACAAGUUUGUGGGGACAUAUAUUCAAUAAAAAAUAUCAAAAAUUUAGUAAAGUCAGUAUCUUUUACGGGUAACUGUGACGAGACAAGUGCAGUACAGGGUCCGGAUGGAUUCCUGUAUUUAUGUUAUCAUGAUGUAGAUUCAUCAAUUUCAUGGGAAAGUUGGAAAACAAAUGGAAUUGAAUUUAAUAAAGUUUAUGAAGGAAAGAUAUCGAAUGUGACAGUACCAAAUGAAAUUGAGGCAGAAAAUUUUGGUGGAGGACUUUUUAAAGUUUUUUCAACUGGACCAUCAAAAUAUUCAAUCGUUAUGGGAUCAUUUCCUGGCAAACCAGAUCCAAAUAGUCAAAUUUAUAAUACGCCGGUCCAAUUAUUUGCGUAUUUCAUAACUGACGUAGUUAUUAUUAGUGGUCCAUUUCCUAUUUAUCAAAAUGGUGAGAAUUUUGGUGGUACGAUACAAUUUUUAAUACAGGUUUGUAAUGCUGAAGUAGGUGGUGAAGGAUAUAAAUGUUUAAUUUCAUAUAGGAUAAAUGAGACAGAUUCAAAAACAAAUUUUGUUGCAAUUUCAUUUUCAGCAAAUGGUGAGCCUACAGGUACCGUGCAAUUUGAAAUAACAGGGACAAAGACUCCCGCAAGUCUUAAUUUAAAUUAUGGAGGUUGGUGUAUUGGCGUAGUAGGUUUGAAAGGGUUGGACUGCCUUGCUUAUGAUGAACAAGGAGGUUAUCAUGGUUCUUGGGGAAUACCUGUUGGUGAUUAUUCAAAAGUUGGUAAUCAACCCGAUAAUAUGAUGUGGGCAAUCCCACAAUUUACAAACCCAUUAUCAUGGGAAAUUAUAUCUACUGAUCAAGUAACAGGCUUCAAACCAAAUGUUCCGAAUAAAUAAUUAGUUCAUAUCUA